UGACACACUCUUAUCUUAACUUGGGGCUUUUAUCUUCUUUUACACAUUAAUAAUCACUACUAAUGUAUAAAAUUAGACUCCUAACACGCACUCAAAAGUAGCCAACUUUAGAGAUAUUUCAUUAGGAAAUUGGGUUAAAAUAGCAUCACACUAUUUUAAAGGAAUUACUCAAAAGUCAUUUGUUCCAAAAAUUAAGUUAUUAGACCAAGAAUGUUACUGAACGAUCUUCUCACUUCUUUUCACCAACCACCCGUAAUAAUUAUUAUGGAUAACCCCAGUGGUUAUUACGGUCCGCCUUCUUUCUACCAAUCACCCAACCGCCCUCCGUACCAUCCACCUUACCACCCACAUCAGAACCCAUAUGAUGAUGACUACCAAGUCGACAAUGGGUCUGACUACUAUCCCUACCAUGAGGAACCACCAUAUGAUACCCCGUCUAAAAACUUUGGAUAUUCUCCAUGCCAAGAUUCUGAUGGGGAUAAUUGUUAUGAACCUCAUGGUGAUCACGAUGACUAUGACCACAACGGGCCUAUAUACGACGAUCAGCCUGAUCCUCUCGUCGAAGAAAUAAUAAGAUUGGAACACAAAAUCUUCUAUUUCGACGAAGUUUUAUUCGCUGAAGGCUCCUGGUACGAACCACCCUACUCUCGUGACUACACCUUGUUUGCUAAAGAACAAAUUGAAGCAAACAAGGUGGCAAUUCGAGAAAGAGCAAAACUUCUUGAAUCAGUCCGGAAGGAAAAGGAGUUCGAAAGGAGAUUAUGCGAAGGAUCAGAAAUGAUGCAGAAAAUGCUGGACGACUUUCAAAGAGAGAGACUAGAAGCUGAGGAUAAAGCUGAUAAAUUAGUCAAUGAUCUCCGCAAGGCUAUUGAGCUUAAACGCUCCCUCCAACCUCAAGAUCCACAAUUGGAGGAAGUUAAUGCUCAAAAAGAGGCUCUAGAACCUAAGAUGUGUUCAAGUGUUUCUCGUACUAUCCUUUUUUCUACAUCACCCUCCAUUGGAGAAACUGAACUAGACCCACAAUGAAGGACAUUUGAAAUUUCACCACAUGAAAACAUGUCGUUCCCCUCAUAUUCUAAGGCUAAGAUGAUUACUAAAAAUUUUGAAGAUUAUCCUGAACACCGGCUCAAGUUCUUUUCUUUACUGCGUGCAAUAGCUACUCAUUGUUUUACCGCUUUAAUUCGAUUGUCAAGCGAGCAACUAAAGCUUGUGAUGGAUUCCAUCAUUUGGGCCUUCCGGCACACUGAAAGGAAUAUUGCAGAAACCGGGCUUAACCUCUUACUUGAGAUGUUGAAGAACUUUCAGGUAUCGGAGUUCUGCAACAAGUUCUAUAGGACAUACUUUUUGAUCAUCGAACAAGAAAUAUUUGCUGUUCUUACAGACACAUUUCACAAGCCUGGCUUCAAAUUGCAUGUCUUGGUCCUUCAGCAUUUGUUAUGUGUGGUUGAGUCCGGAAUGUUGACUGAGCCACUCUGGGAUGCUUCCACAGUUCCAUAUUCCUAUCCCAAUAAUGUGGCAUUUGUAAUGGAGUAUACCAUUAAGCUUCUUAGUUCGUCUUUCCCGAAUAUGACUGCUUCUGAGGUCACCGAAUUUGUCAAUGGACUGUUUGAGUCAACGAAAGACCUUGCAGUGUUCAAGAAUAACGUACGGGACUUCCUUGUGCAGUCAAAAGAAUUCUCAGCUCAGGAUAACAAGGAUCUUUAUGCUGAAGAGGCUGCUGCACAGAAGGAAAGGGAGAGACAACAGAUGCUCUCAAUUCCUGGGCUAAUUGCUCCUAAUGAGAUACAUGAUGAGAUGUUGGACUCCUAAGAAAAGAUUUUGCUUAUUUUGGCUAGGAAUUCAAUUUGCCUGCCCAGGAGCCACUUUAUGGUAACCAGAUGAUCUUUAGUUUUUUCAAAUCUCAGUCCCGUCUGUGGGUAGUAUUUUCUCGUCCUUGUGCCGGGGGGAAUAACUUGUAGACUACAGUGCACGGUGCAAAGGGAAGAGUAUAGUCAGUUUAGUGAUUUAGCUUCUAAUUGAGAAAGAGCUAUGUGAUUUUAUGCUUUCCCAGUUUUAGCCUUGGUAAUGUAAUUUGAUUGGAGAUUCUAGAAAUUAGGAGCCUACCGUUAGGCACACUUGGUGGCGGUAUCUGAUUGAAGCAGGUUGUGUAUACAACAUUGGUGAUGCUAUGAAGAAACGUUUUUUGUCGUAUUGGUAUGAAGAGGCAAUUUCAAAACUGGCUCUUCAAAUAGAUAUUGUAGUACUUU